AUGCCAAGCGACGACGUGGCACGACAGAGCUUCUUCGUCAAGCCGACAUGCGUGCGACUGCUCCACUUGGCGUCCACGCCAGCGACGACAAGCUCGUCGAGUUUGUCGGCUGCGACGGCCAAAGAAUGCGCCGAUCAACUGAGAACGCUCCAGCAGCUUCUACACGGGCGAGACCAGACAAUCACGCUCAGCGCCUCGCUGCUCGGCUAUCUCUUCUUUCCGCUCGUCCGCCUGCUCAGCUUGCCCGGUGACGACCUCAAAGCGAAUGAGACAGUCUUGGAAUACCUCUUACUGGUACUGCAAGAGUGGACUGUUGCUUGGCAGCAAACAGAGAGCGGCGCACAAGCUACUUUAGACCGCGAUUUGCUCAGACAGCUCUGGACUUUUUGCAUCUUGACGCUCGGAGGACCGCUCGACAAUUCACUCGGCGCCAAAGGUAGACAGAAGGUGGUCUUGCCAGUAUGGUCUGAAGAAUCGAUACUCGCUGCCCUGGGUCUGCUGAAGCUGUUGGCCUCAUUCGGCCCAGGCAAGUCACGGCAGACGGCAGCAGAUCCGCCUGUCGGUCCUUUCGAUGCAAUGGAGCUCAACGAUGGAGCUACAAACGGAUGUGCGCCGAUCAUAGCGCUACCCGUAUUAGCGCACAGCGUAUCGACAAUGCUGCAACUCGCGUUGCAUCCAGAAGCUCCUGUUCAGCGCGCGGCAUUGUCUGCGCUCGAGGAAAUCCUGUCAUGCCAAUUGUCCGCAGCUGGUCAGGAGCACAUCGUCGCACGCUUCUUGCCUGGCAUCACAUCGAGCAUCCUUAAGCUGCUACCUGGCCACUCGCCAAACCAGCAAAACGGCGGUAAUACACGCUCAGAGGUGCUCGUUGCGGGGCUGUCUGUGCUUGAGAUUGCCAUCCCGCUGGCUUUUCGCGGCAUCGACAACGCUAGUGAUGCAACGGUCAAGCUACAAGAUCUGACGCUGCCGUCGCCUGCCGAGCAGCUGGAUCAUUCAUCAAUGGACAACGCAAUUCGCUCGGCCAAUUGGGUUCGGGCAACACAGGCGCAGCUUCGCUUGUCCCUCCUCGCACUACGUCGUGCUGGUCUAGCACAGCACCGCUCCUCUAGUGUGCAAGAGGCGUAUGCAUCCUGCUUGCUGCACAUUGCAUCACCUCUACAGUAUCAUGAAGCGGCAGCCCGGCUCAUACUAGAAGAGCUGCUGAUUCUAUCACGGGAUGACUCUUCUAUAAGUGACCGCCUGCAAAGAUGGACAAAUUCGAGUACGCCUUUGCGCUUGACAGUCGACCACCUUCUCAGGCAGAGUCUACUGGAGCUACCACAAGCGAUACUGUCACGAGGCGAUGAUGAAGCGCGUCUAGGUCGCCUGCUCCAGCUCAUCGAGGCAUCUGCACGGCUACUCCAGGGGUCUGCUCAUGCAUCGAAGACACAGGCCUUGCAGGACGCGCAUACCUGGCUGCGCAACUUGCUUUUCGCGCUGGCGCCUGCGAAGCUGCCCAAUGUCGCCUCCCAACGUGCUGACAUCGGUCUCAUCACACCCGCCGCCAUCGCGCAGACUACUUCUGUAACGGAGGAUGAAAACUUCCCGAUGGCUCCUCUGGCCAACAUACAGUCUCAAGCGGUGGUCACUCAGCUGGCUGCUGCCUUCGAGAGCUUAGGCUCGUUACUCGCUGUCUCUGAUGGACUCGAGACCUGCUUCGCGAUUUUCACUUUCGCAAAGUCGAACGAUCUUCGGAUCGCAUUCGGAGCGCUCUGGUUAUUGAAUGCGCUUCUGCUCGGCGCUGCUCAUGCACGAAAUACCGCGAGUGUCACACAUCUAGCCGAGCAGCUUUCUAGAGCGGUCACAGAUCAUCAAGAGGCAAAUAGCGAGCCGCAAACAGAAAAUGAGAACAGUCUUGUGCCUGUCGAGCGCAGCAGAGGCGAUGCCGCUCUCAUCGACAGGCUCAAUAUACAAGCAGGGAGCACCUCACGAGCGUCGGCUGCGCAGAAAACAUUUCCCAGUGACCUGGUUCAGCUCAGGUGUAUUCAACUUCGGUCGAUGGCUACUUGCGCAGCGAUCUUGCAGGACGCGUUUCAUCAACAUCUGAUGGACGGACUGUACUUUGUGCUCGCGCACUUGGGCCCAUUGCAGCAUCCGCAGAUCAGACUAUACGCCAAUGUCGCGCUCUAUAAGCUCGCAUAUCAGCUUGGCUACGCAUCCUCAUCCAACUUGAUUCUAGCGCAAGUUGACUACAUCAUCAACGCUGUUUCACAGCGAUUGACACUUUUCCGUCUCGAUCUUGAGGCACCUAUCGUGCUUGUAGCUGCCAUUCAACUCGUAGGCGCUGCGAUCCUGCCGAUGGUGCAGGAUCUAGUCGACGAGAUCUUUGAUGCGCUUGACACGCACCAGGAGCGCGAAGAUCUCUGUGCGAGACUCUUCUCGGUCUUGACGGCUCUGACGGAUGCGAUGAAGCCAGAGGAGUUACCUCCAAAGGCGAUGACGGAAGAUCCAACAAGGCGCUUCCGUGGCGACACUCAUAUCGAUGGACUCAACGCACCUGCUGCCCCGCCUGUGGACGCUGUCGAGCAAGACGAUGAUAUGCCGCCUGCAAACCUGUCAUACGAGGACUUCAAGCGUCUGUCGGAUGAGUCAAACGAGCGGCGGAAGCAGGCCCAUCAGUCCGUUGCAAACGCAGAGGCUGAGGUCACUCCAGAUCGUAGCCAAGUAGUCUGCAGCAUGAUGCUCGGGAAAGCCGUCCCUUUCGUUCAGCACGAGUCGUCUUUCAUUCGUUCACGCGUCUUAUCGCUACUGGCGAGCGGUAUACCUAUCUUGGCAUCGAGUAGCCGCCAAUCGGACGUCAUGAUGAUCGUGCAUUCGGUCUGGCCUUAUCUGAUCAGACGCUUAGAUCCGCAGACGGAGCCCGAGUCUUGGGUCAGGCUAGAGGCUAUCAACGUCAUUCGAGCUCUUGGACGAUAUGUGGGCGACAUUGUGUCGCGCCGAAUCGUCGAAGACGUGUGGCCCAAAUUUCGCGUAGCACUUGCUUUGUCCUCAGACAAAUCGACGUCAAGCGCCCUUGUACUCAGAAUGGCAACGCAUAGCUCGGUUUACCAGCUUUAUGUGUCGAUUAUAUCGACCAUGUCUGGCAUCGUGACAAGCUGUCACCUGCCGUCGACGGUCUUAUGGGAGAUCUGUAUGACCUUUCGAGACUUCUUCGACGAGCGCGCUCCGAAGGCACUGCAAAUGGCUUGCAAUGAGCUAUACGCGGCGCUCGCGCAUUGUGAAGGCGAUUCUGUCUGGCUGUGUUUACAGGGCGCAGUCGAUGACACCAUGCCUGAGGUACUGCGACUGCACAACAAAGGCGCGUAUCGGGCGAUCAAUACAUUCUUGAAUGCAAUGUUAUGA